CGCGCGUCCAGGGCUACCAGGAAGCAAACACGAAGUAGGUUGAUGAUCUACAAUGUGUAGACAGAGAGCUGUAGAAAAGUGAGCCAGGAGCCCUGCGUGUGUGUGACCCCAGCCUCAGCCAUGGCGUGCUGCCGGCUCAGCUCCAGACUGUGUCCCAGCCUGUGCUCCCGCUCCUCAGCGUACACUCUGGCCCUGGGCUUGGGCUUCGUCACCCUGGGCUCCUCCCGCAUCCUGCUGCUCAAGUUCUCUGUCAACGCACAGAACAAGUAUGACUUCCUCCCUGCGUCUGUCAACCUGCUGGCGGAGGGGCUCAAGCUGCUCUUCUGUCUUGGCAUGUCUCUCAGAGUCAUGGUCAGAGAGGGUCGUUCAUGUCGAGAGCUGGGCUGCUCCUCGGGCUCUGCCUUCCUGAGUUUCAUGAAGUGGUCCAUUCCCGCCUUCCUUUACUUUCUGGAUAACCUCAUCAUCUUCUACGUCAUGACCUACCUACAGCCUGCCAUGGCAGUGUUGUUCUCCAACUUUGUCAUCCUGACCACAGCCAUCCUGUUCAGAGUUGUGCUGAAGAGACGCCUGUCCUGGGUGCAGUGGGCCUCCCUGGUCAUCCUCUUCCUGUCCAUUGUCUCCUUGACGAUGGGGUCGGGAGGCAGCCAACUGGCCAUAGCGAUGCCGGGCCUCCACCCCAGCCCCCUCUCCCCACCCACCAACAGCUGCCUGCUCUACACACAGCUAGAGGAGCAACGAAGGAACGACAGUAACUCCAGCACAUGGAGCUCAGUGCUGCCGGGGCAGGCUGAGGCGUGGCGGGGGAGGCUGAUGAGGACCCUGCGCUCCCUGGGCAUGGGUCACGUCCUCCUGGUGCUCCAGUGUUUUAUCUCCUCUAUGGCCAACAUCUACAACGAGAAGAUCCUCAAGGAGGGAGACCAGCUCCAAGAGAGCAUCUUCAUCCAGAACAGCAAACUGUACAUGUUUGGCAUGCUGUUCAACGGUCUGACUCUGGGUCUAGGGGGCGAGGCGAGGGGUCUAACCAUCCACUGUGGCCUCUUCUACGGUCACAACGUCUACUCACUUGCACUGGUGCUGGUCACUGCUGCCCUGGGCCUGUCGGUGGCGUUCAUCCUGAAGUUCAGAGACAACAUGUUCCACGUGCUGACAGGCCAGAUCACUACAGUCCUGGUCACGGCCCUGUCCCUUUUCCUCUUUGACUUCCACCCCUCGCUGGACUUCUUCCUGCAGGCACCCGUGGUGCUGCUCGCCAUCUUUGUCUACAACGCCAGCCGGCCCAAAGAUCCUGAGUACGGCCUACAGCGUGAGAAGCUACGUGUCAUAAACGGAGAGGUGCUGCAGAGGUCGCGAGGGGAUGGGGAGGAGCUGGAGAGGCUGACCAAGCCCAACACAGACAGUGAAUCAGAGGAGGAGUCUCUCUAGCCACCCAUUAAGACCUCAUAAUGGCUCAACCCUGUGAGGUCAUCAGAAUGCCUGGCUCUGUGACAUCACAAUGGACAAACUGUCAGUCCUGAAUUAUGACUUUUCUGUAACCUGGCCUGUGACAUCAUCAGCCUGUGACAUCAGAAUGGACAUACUGUGGCUGUGUAUUAUGACAUCAGAGUUGCUUGGCCUGUGAUUUUGUUGGCCUACUGUGAUUAUGAUGUCAUAAUAAUUGAUUGUACAUCAUAGAUGCGGUAAAGAGGUCAAUGGAACUAAACAGAAACAAGGGAAAUGCCAUGGAAACGCGUGGGGAAAAGAUCCUGAAUAUCCUGACUGACCCCCAGAAAAUGUUUCCUACAUUUAGGCUAUUGUUUAUAUGUGUAUUUCAAACUAUGUUGAGGUAAAAAUCUGAGUAUAAUGCUUGUAUGGAUGUUAACCCCAAUACAUGUUUAUGUCAUCGUCACCAAUCAACUGCAUUGCAGUUAAAAAACGACUUUGACUACCACAUGCGAUUUCUGUAUGCUAGCUAUGCUACCAGCUUAUACGAACGGGAGUUAGCAUUUAGCAGUCACUUCUUUUAAACCUGAAAAGAAACAACUUCUAAAUGUUAUGCUGCGAAAACAGCCAAAUAUAUCAAAAUCAAAUUUUUGUAACCAAAUUGUGUGCCUGUUCACAUUUAUCCACUUUGUUAGAUCAGAUUUGUUGAAUGUGCGCUAAUCCGGCGUCCUUCUAUCCCCCAUGGGCUGCGUUCCAUGGUCCUCUUUACCGCAUCUAUUAAAAAAUAUGCUUGUUUGUGUAUGAAUAUGUUAUACAAAUAAUAUUGUAAUGGAAGAAAUGCUAAAUAUACAAUUUUGUAUAUGUUAUUGUAUUUAAAAUAAUGCUAUUGCUGUUAUUGACACACUGGCAAAGCUGUCAUAUAUUGAGAAGUUAAUAUCUGCCGGUUAUGAUCUUAUUUUGUCUCUUUUUUUCAAAAGCAGAGUUGUUGUUUUUUGCGUUAUGUUGGUGGCUAAUAAGAAAUCUACUCCAGGCUGUUGGACCGUUGAGAGCUAAAUUAAUUUGUCUUUCUGAUGGCCAACCACUCAGUUUGUCUUAUCAUUAUUAAGCGCUUACAAAUACCAUACAGUACCAGCACAAGGACCAUGUGAUUUGCUCUGGUCUCAGUCCAUGUUAUGUUCAGAAAAUCUGAUGGUAAAACAUGUAAGAUUGUGUUUUACAUUACACACUGAAAAAUAACUGCCUUCUCUAGUGGUUUACAUGUGUUCAACUGU